GGGAUACAGUAGGAAGUUUCUGCUGGGGUCUGCACAGGAGAUAUACCACUAAACCUACCCCUGUAUGACUAGGAACAAGAAGAUCUAGACAGGACCACAGAGAGUCUACAUGUCUAAUAUCUAGACAUGUUCAGCUUUGUGGAUACAAGACUACUGCUAGUAAUAGCAGCAACCAUCCUAGCAGCAAAAUGUCAAGGAGAAGAUGAUGCCAGCAAUUCUGAAUGCACCUAUGGAGGUACUUAUUAUGGUGACAGAGAAGUAUGGAAACCUGAAGCCUGCCUGAUCUGCGUAUGCGACCACGGAAAAGUUCUUUGUGAUGAAGUGAUGUGUGAAGAGUCAGACGUCCCCUGCACAAAUUCAGAAAUCCCAUUCGGAGAAUGCUGUCCAGUUUGCCAUGACUCUGACGUCCCACAAUCUCAAGUUGAGGGUCCCAAGGGAGAGACCGGACCACAAGGAGAGAGGGGCCCACCUGGCCCACCUGGCAGAGAUGGCAUUCCCGGACAACCUGGACCCCCAGGUCCUCCUGGUCCAGCUGGCCUUGGCGGAAACUUUGCUCCUCAAAUGUCUUAUGGUUAUGAUGAGAAAUCUGCUGGUAUCUCCAUGCCUGGCCCAAUGGGUCCAAUGGGUCCCCGUGGUCCCCCUGGUCCUUCUGGCUCACCUGGACCUCAGGGUUUCCAAGGACCCCCUGGUGAACCCGGUGAACCUGGUGCUUCUGGUGCUAUGGGACCCCGUGGACCCCCAGGACCUCCAGGAAAGAACGGUGAAGAUGGUGAAGCUGGCAAACCUGGCCGCCCUGGAGAGCGUGGACCCUCAGGCCCACAGGGUGCUCGUGGUCUUCCAGGAACUGCUGGUCUUCCAGGAAUGAAGGGACACAGAGGUUUCAAUGGUCUUGAUGGUGCCAAGGGUGAUACUGGUCCUGCUGGCCCUAAGGGAGAACCUGGUGCCGCUGGUGAGAAUGGUGCUCCCGGACAAGCUGGUCCCCGUGGUCUCCCUGGUGAGAGAGGUCGCCCUGGCCCCUCUGGCCCAGCUGGUGCUCGUGGUAAUGAUGGCGCUCCUGGUGCUGCUGGUCCUCCUGGUCCCACUGGCCCAAGUGGACCCCCUGGAUUCCCUGGUGGUGUUGGCUCCAAGGGUGAUGCUGGUCCCCAAGGAUCUCGUGGUUCUGAUGGUCCACAAGGUGCUCGUGGUGAAGCUGGUGCUCCUGGCCCAGCUGGUUCUUCUGGCCCUGCUGGAAACCCUGGUACUGAUGGUCAACCUGGUGCCAAGGGUGCCACUGGUGCUCCUGGUAUUGCUGGUGCUCCUGGUUUCCCUGGUGCCCGUGGUGCUCCCGGACCUCAAGGCCCUGGUGGUUCUCCUGGUCCCAAAGGUAACAAUGGAGAACCUGGUGCCUCUGGAAACAAGGGUGAGCCUGGUGCUAAAGGAGAACCUGGCCCCGCUGGUGUUCAAGGACCCCCAGGUCCCUCUGGUGAAGAAGGAAAGAGAGGAUCCCGUGGAGAACCCGGACCUUCUGGACCUUCCGGACCUGCUGGCGAACGUGGUGCCCCUGGUAGCCGUGGUUUCCCUGGUGCUGAUGGUGCUUCUGGACCCAAGGGUCCCCCUGGUGAACGUGGUUCCGUCGGCCCUGCUGGUCCCAAAGGAUCUGCUGGUGAAUCUGGUCGCCCUGGUGAGCCUGGUCUUCCCGGUGCUAAGGGUCUGACUGGCAGCCCUGGUAGCCCUGGCCCUGAUGGCAAGACUGGCCCUGCUGGAGCCCCUGGUCAAGAUGGCCGCUCUGGACCUCCUGGCCCACCUGGUGCUAGAGGCCAGUCUGGUGUAAUGGGAUUCCCUGGACCUAAAGGCGCUGCUGGUGAGCCUGGAAAGCCUGGUGAGAGAGGUGUUGCUGGUCCUCCUGGUGCAGUUGGUGCCUCUGGCAAAGAUGGUGAAGUUGGUGCUCAAGGUCCCCCUGGCCCUUCUGGCCCCGCUGGGGAGAGAGGAGAACAAGGUCCCGCUGGUGCUCCUGGAUUCCAAGGUCUUCCCGGAUCUCCAGGUGCUACUGGUGAGAGUGGCAAGCCCGGUGAACAGGGUGUUCCUGGAGAUGUUGGUCCUUCCGGCCCUGCUGGCGCAAGAGGUGAAAGAGGUUUCCCUGGUGAACGUGGUGCUCAAGGUCCUCCUGGCCCUCAGGGACCCCGUGGUUCUAAUGGAGCUCCUGGUAACGAUGGUGCUAAGGGUGAAGCUGGUGCUGCAGGUUCUCCUGGUGGUCAAGGACCUGCUGGUCUUCAAGGAAUGCCCGGUGAGCGUGGUUCUGCAGGUCUGCCUGGUGCUAAGGGUGACAGAGGUGAUCAAGGAACUAAAGGAAGCGAUGGUGCCCCUGGUAAAGAUGGAGUUAGAGGUCUGACUGGCCCCAUUGGUCCACCUGGCCCAGGUGGUGCUCCUGGUGACAAAGGUGAAGCUGGUCCUGCUGGCCCUUCUGGUCCCACUGGUGCCCGUGGUGCUCCCGGUGAACGUGGUGAGCCUGGUCCUUCUGGCCCUGCUGGAUUUGCUGGUCCUCCUGGUGCUGAUGGUCAACCUGGUGCCAAGGGUGAACAGGGAGAUAAUGGUCCCAAAGGUGAUGCUGGUCCUCCAGGCCCUGCUGGUCCCACUGGUGCUCCUGGCCCUGCUGGUGCAAUUGGUGCUCCUGGUGCCAAAGGUGCUCGUGGUACUGCUGGACCUCCUGGUGCUACUGGUUUCCCUGGUGCUGCUGGACGUGUUGGACCCCCUGGCCCCUCUGGCAAUUCUGGACCUCCCGGCCCAUCAGGCCCCUCUGGAAAGGAAGGACAAAAAGGACCCCGUGGUGAGACUGGCCCAGCUGGACGUUCUGGUGAACCUGGAGCUGCUGGACCUCCUGGACCUUCUGGCGAGAAAGGUUCUCCUGGUAGCGAUGGCCCUGCUGGUGCCCCUGGUAUUCCCGGACCUCAAGGUAUUGCUGGAACCCGUGGUACCGUUGGUCUUCCAGGACAGAGAGGAGAAAGAGGUUUCCCUGGUCUUCCUGGACCCAAUGGUGAACCUGGCAAACAAGGUCCAGGUGGUCCAAGUGGUGAACGUGGUCCCCCAGGUCCUUCUGGCCCACCAGGCUUAGCUGGACCUCCUGGUGAAUCUGGUCGUGAAGGCUCUCCUGGAAAUGAAGGUGCCCCUGGUCGUGACGGUUCUGCUGGAGCCAAGGGUGACCGUGGUGAGUCCGGACCUGCUGGUGCUCCUGGCGCUCCUGGUGCCCCUGGUGCUCCUGGCCCAGCUGGCCCUGCUGGAAAGAAUGGUGAUCGUGGUGAGACUGGUCCCGCUGGUCCUGCUGGUCCCGCUGGCCCUGCUGGUAUUCGUGGUUCUGCUGGACCCCAAGGCGCACGUGGAGACAAGGGUGAGGCUGGUGAACAAGGAGAAAGAGGCAUGAAGGGACACAGAGGAUUCAACGGUCUUCCAGGACUACCUGGUCCACCUGGACACUCUGGUGAACAAGGUCCUUCUGGAGCUAGCGGUCCCGCUGGUCCAAGAGGUCCACCUGGAGCUUCUGGCAACCCUGGAAAGGAUGGUGCUAAUGGUCUGCCUGGUCCCGUUGGUCCUCCUGGUCCACGUGGUCGUACUGGUGAUGUUGGUCCUGCUGGUCCCCCUGGACCUCCUGGUCCCCCUGGUCCUCCUGGCCCCCCAAGUGGUGGAUUUGAUUUCAGCUUCAUGCCCCAGCCACCUCAGGAGAAAUCUCACUACCGUGCUGAUGAUGCCAACGUUAUGCGUGACCGAGAUCUUGAGGUAGACACCACCCUAAAGAGCCUCAGCAAACAGAUUGAAAACAUCCGCAGUCCAGAGGGUACCAGAAAGAACCCUGCCCGCACCUGCCGUGACCUGAAGAUGUGCCAAUCUGACUUGAAGAGCGGUGAAUACUGGAUUGACCCCAACCAAGGCUGCACUCUUGAUGCCAUCAAGGUCUUCUGCAACAUGGAGACUGGAGAGACCUGUGUGUAUCCCACUCAAUCCACAGUUCCACAAAAGAACUGGUACACUAGCAAGAACCCACGUGAGAAGAAGCAUGUCUGGUUCGGAGAGACAAUGAGUGAAGGAUUCCAGUUUGAAUACGGCAGCGAGGGAUCUGACCCAGCUGAUGUUGCCAUCCAACUUACCUUCCUCCGUCUCAUGGCCACUGAAGCUUCUCAGAACAUCACCUACCACUGCAAGAACAGCGUGGCUUACAUGGACCAAGAAACUGGCAACCUAAAGAAGGCCCUUCUCCUCCAAGGCUCCAACGAAAUUGAAAUCAGAGCAGAGGGCAACAGUCGCUUCACAUACAGUGUCACAGAGGAUGGUUGCACGCAACACACAGGAGAAUGGGACAAGACCGUCAUUGUAUACCAGACAUCAAAGACAUCACGUCUGCCCAUCAUUGAUGUUGCACCCAUGGAUAUUGGAGCUGCCGACCAGGAAUUCGGAAUUGAGAUCGGGCCAGUCUGCUUCGUGUAAAAACAAAAGACAAAUUCCAGGACAGGAGAAUAUCUCAUGCGGACUUGAAAUUGUUGUUCCUCUCAUCUCUAAAACUUUUCUUGUUUCCAUAAGCAUUACACGAAAAAACAAACAGAUAGCCAUGCUUUGAAGAACAUCUCUCAAAGGACAGACCAUGCCCGUGUAGUUGUGUUCACGGGAUGGAGAUUUAUCACCUCUCCCAAUAUCUGUGCCCCUGCUUAUAUUGGCCUUCCCAGAACCCUGAAGAUGUCCUUUUCCCUUUGGAAAACAAAAGGAAAUUAUGACUGUCCUCGGAUUUGAGAUGAUGAGAUUGUUGGAUCAAUGAUCCUAAAGUGAAGAGGAGUAAACAAGAUCAUUUCAUGUAAUGCACCUUUUUUAAGAAAAAGAAAUUUUUUUUGUUUUUCAUUUGUUCAGGUGGCAAAAAAAUAAAUAUGAAAAAAUUAAAUUGAAGGUGUGUGGAGAGUGUUUUGGAAUCAUGAAAGACUUGGGUUUUGUCCUCUGGGUGUGAGUGUCUCCUUUCACUUCUUCUCCAUCAUUCCUUGAAGUUUCUUCUCCAUGCUAAGCAUCAUCCUUAUCAUACUGAAGGUCCCAUAAAUGGUUCUUUUAGUAUUAGAAGGGUGAACAGUGUAGAGUAUUAAUGUGUGUUUUUAUUUCCUGAGACUACCUCACUGUUUUUUCCCAUUCAUUUGGUGCUAAGGUCUCACUGCGUCUUUAAUGGUCUUCUCCACAAUAGUUUCAGUUUUCGGUGCUAAGCAAUAGAAGGGAUCUAUUGUCCAUAUUUAUCCCCUGACCCUGCCUCAAUUAAAGGUGCUAUUUUCUUCCCAUCUUAUCUCUUUUAAACCCAUUUCCCGUGAACACAAGGUCAAAAGGUCCUGUCUGUAUUGGUGUAAUUCUCACCUUUUUGUUUUGCUUCGUCCUCUUUGUCUUGACCAUUGCUUCUUCUUGUUUUCCUCCUUCCUUCUUCUUUUCCAACUUUUUGUCCAAACCAAAACUAGACAGUGAUACUAUGGGGUUUGAACUGAAAAAAACAAACAAACAAACGGAUCUGUACCUGUUUUGUAAUUGUAUAAUAAUUUGAGAUGUUUUUAAUUAUUUU